CUCUUUUCACUUAUGGAUAUGAAACCUCCCAUCUCUCGAGCCAAGAUGAUUCUCAUCACAAAAGCUGCUAUUAAAGCCAUUAAGCUUUAUAAGCAUGUAGUUCAAAUAGUGGAAAAGUUCAUCAAAAAGUGUAAACCAGAAUACAAGGUUCCAGGGUUAUACGUAAUCGACUCAAUUGUACGACAGUCCCGUCACCAGUUUGGAACUGAUAAAGAUGUUUUUGGGCCAAGAUUCUCUAAAAACAUAACCGCCACAUUCCAAUAUUUAUAUCUUUGUCCAUCUGAAGAUAAGAGUAAAAUAGUCCGUGUGCUGAACCUUUGGCAAAAAAAUGGAGUCUUUAAAAUUGAAAUUAUCCAGCCCCUUCUGGACAUGGCCGCGGGGAGCAGCAGCGCCAUCCCGGGGGCCGACAGCGUCGCUAACAAUGAAGGUUCGCCGCCUCCUCCAGUUAAAGUUUCUUCUGAACCCCCACUGGUCACUACAAACUCUGUGCCACCCGUCCAGCAGCUGCCCAGUUCGGACGCUUUUGCUGCCGUGGCCCAGCUGUUCCAGACGACCCAAGGGCAGCAGCUUCAGCAGAUCCUUCAGACUUUUCAGCAGCCUCCAAAACCACAGUCUCCCGCCAUUGACAAUGCUGUGAUGGCUCAGGUUCAGGCCAUCACAGCUCAGUUAACGACAACUCCGGCACCACCGCCUGAGCAGAAGGCCACGGCGUUUGACAAGAAGCUACUUGAUCGAUUUGAUUAUGACGAUGAGCCAGAAGCUGUGGAAGAAUCGAAGAAAGAAGAUGCUGCUGCCGCUGCUGCCAGUACCACCUCUGCUGCUGCCGCACCUGCUGCUGCCCCGGCCCCUGCUCCCCCCCCUGCCAGUACCACCUCUGCUGCUGCCGCACCUGCUGCUGCCCCGGCCCCGCCCGCUGCUGCCGUGCCCGCUGCGUCUCCACCGCAGGCGCCCUUUGGGUAUCCUGGAGAUGGCAUGCAGCAACCAGCGUAUCCCCAACAUCAGAAUAUGGAUCCGUUUCAGCCGCCGAUGAUGGCAAUGCAACAGGACCCAGUGCACCAUCAGGUACAGGUUCCACUUCCUCCUAAUGGACAGAUGCCGGGGUUCAGCCUUCUGCCCCCGCCUGCGUUCCCUGCCCUGGCUCCACCUGUGCUUCCUCCCGCUGCCCCCGUGCAGCAGCCGUUCCAGGCCCCCUUCCCGGCCCCCAGUGAGCCGCUCGCACAGAAAGCCCAGCAGGAAAUGAAAGUAGAACAGCCUUGUAUUCAAGAGGUGAAGCGGCAUAUGUCUGAUAACAGAAAGUCGAGAUCUAGGUCAGCAUCCAGGUCACCAAAAAGGAGGCGCUCUCGAUCUGGUUCUAGAUCUCGACGGUCUCGGCAUCGACGCUCUCGAUCUCGGUCCCGGGACAGACGGCGCCAUUCUCCUCGCUCUCGAUCCCAAGAAAGACGGGACCGAGAGAAAGAGAGAGAGCGCCGGCAGAAAGGCCUUCCUCCCGUCAAGUCCGAGACCGCGAGCGUUUGUAGCACUACACUCUGGGUGGGACAGCUGGACAAAAGGACGACUCAGCAGGACGUUGCCAGUCUCUUAGAAGAGUUUGGUCCAAUUGAAUCGAUUAAUAUGAUUCCUCCCAGAGGCUGUGCCUACAUUGUUAUGGUGCAUAGGCAAGACGCCUACCGCGCCCUGCAGAAGCUGAGCCGAGGGAACUAUAAAGUGAACCAGAAGUCCAUAAAGAUCGCCUGGGCCUUAAACAAAGGCAUCAAGGCGGACUACAAGCAGUAUUGGGACGUGGAGCUGGGUGUGACCUACGUUCCUUGGGACAAAGUGAAGCCUGAGGAGCUGGAGGGCUUUUGUGAAGGAGGCAUGUUGGACAGCGACACGCUUAACCCAGAGUGGAAAGGAAUUACCAAGAAGCAUGAGAAUGAAGUUGCUCAGAAUGGAGGGGCAGAAAGCUCACAUGCAGAACCAGUGUCACCCAUCCCCAAGCCUUUGCCGGUGCCCGUCCCUCCUAUUCCCGUCCCCGCGCCCAUCACAGUACCUCCUCCACAGGUCCCCCCACAUCAGCCAGGGCCUCCUGUGGUUGGUGCUCUCCAGCCGCCCACGUUCACGCCGCCUCUGGGAAUUCCGCCGCCGGGCUUCGGUCCUGGCGUUCCUCCGCCGCCUCCUCCUCCACCCUUUUUACGCCCAGGAUUCAACCCCAUGCAUUUACCACCAGGUUUUCUUCCUCCCGGACCCCCACCUCCUAUAACUCCACCCGUGUCCAUUCCUCCUCCUCACACUCCACCAAUGAGCAUCCCAAACUCUACUAUCGCUGGUAGAAGCGAAGACCCCACCAAAGACUUACCUAUUGGAAAUCCCAUUCCAACAGUGGUGUCUGGGGCUAGAGGAAACGCCGAGUCUGGUGACGGUGUGAAAAUGUACGGCUCUGCCGCGCCGCCCGCCGCGCCCACGAGUCUGCCCACCCCUCCGGUCACCCAGCCUGUCUCGCUUCUGGCUAGUGCACAGCUGGUUCGGUGAGAGCUGAGGCUAAGCCUAGCGGUGCUGGCCAGUUAGAGGGAUGUGGAGGAGGGUGGCAGUGAGUUCAUUCUCUUUACUGUGUAAGUGUCGAUGUUUACUUUUGUGUAACAUGUAUCUAUAAUGUUGUGUACAGCAUAUUUUUAUUAAAAAGUUCACUGUAAAUGUGAAAUUUGGGUUACUGUGGUGUUCCAAACAAUAAAAAACAUGCAAAAAAA